AUGACCGAUGCUAUCCUCGUGGGCUUCGUGCAGCACUUGAGGAGGCAGAGUAAUAGCAGCAGCAGCGACCCCCGAGUCGGCUCUGCGAGGGACAAUUCCACCGCGGUGUCCCCAUUGCGAGCCACACAGGCCACCAAUUCCCCUUCGUUUGCAACGUUCUUCACGACUCUCAUUCCGAUCACAGUCUAUGCUGUAAUCUGCGUAACAAUCCUCUUUGUGCUGCGUCGGAGAUUCGUGCGCGUGUACUCUCCCAGGACCUUCCUCAGCAGUCUUGAAUCUCAUGAACGGGCAACUGAGGUGCCAUCAGGAUGGUUCAAUUGGGUCAUACCCUUCUGGAAGACUCCAGAUAUUGAAGUCCUCAACCGCUCGUCUCUCGAAGGGUUCCUCUUCCUUCGGUACCUCAAUGUGCUCACGGUGAUAUGUUGCGUGGGGCUACUUCUCACAUGGCCAAUUCUUCUUCCUCUCCACUCUCUCGGAGGCAAGGGCAGUCAGCAGCUAGACAAACUUACCUUUGGGAACAUCUCUGAUGCUAAAUGGCUCUAUGCCCAUGCACUCAUCGCUUGGGUAUAUUUUGGUUUCAUCCUUUAUAUGGUCAGCCGCGAAUCUGUGUACUUCAUCAAUCUCCGACAAGCAUAUAUGCUCUCCCCAUACUACGCCAAUCGUCUAUCCUCGAGAACCGUUCUCUUCACAUGCGUACCACAGCAAGUCUUGGACGAAAGAAAAUUGCGACGAAUUUUUGGGGACACACUAAAGAAUGUCUGGAUACCUCGAGAGACGGAUGACCUCGACCAGUUGGUGAAGGAAAGAGAGCAGACAGCACACCGGCUGGAGAAGGCUGAGAUUGAGCUCAUCAAGAAGGCGAACGUGGCAUACCAGAAAGCUCUGAAAAGUGGACACCCAGAUAUCGAAGUGAAGGAGUCUCCGAGAGAUUUUAAGGAGGAAACAAAAGAGGUGAAGAUCAGUGUCAGUGCGGAGAGUCCAACUACUCCACUCUCUCCACUCUCUCCCGGCUCUCCUCGAGAGUUUACACGGGAAGAUGGCACACCAAUUCUGAGGACGAAUUAUGGCUUUACUGGACCGGAUCACGAGAUUGUAGGAUCAGUUGCCGCGCAAUGGGUACCGGCUGAACAACGACCCUACCAUCGGCCCAUCGCAAAUUACGGGAGAAGAGUCGAUACGAUCAGAUGGACACGAGUUCGUCUAAAAAAGCUUGCUCCCAAGAUAUCACAACUUCGGCGACAGUACAGAAAGGGAGUCAACGCACCCAUUCCGGCAGCAUUUAUCGAGUUCCAUUCUCUCGUAGACGCCCAGAGUGCAUAUCAAACUCUUGCCCAUCACAGCGCCAAUCAUAUGCGAGCAGAGAUAAUCGGCGUCCGGCCCCAGGAAAUCAUAUGGCCUUCACUCUCUUUCCGCUGGUGGGAGCGGAUAAUCAGACAAUUUCUGAUCCAAGGCUUCAUUGCCUGCAUGGUGAUUUUCUGGUCGCUGCCUGCCAUCGGUGUGGGCAUGAUAUCGAACAUCGACUACCUAGCCAAGAACGUCCCAUUUCUCCACUGGAUUGUCCUCCUCCCAAAAGUUAUCCUUGGUCUCAUAUCUGGUCUUCUCCCCGCUGUGGCAUUAUCUAUGCUCAUGGCCGCCGUGCCAAUGAUCAUGCGCGCAUGUGCAAGACAAUCCGGGAUCCCAACCGAAUCCCGCGUCGAGCUCUUCGUGCAAAGCUCCUACUUCCUCUUCCAAGUCGUGCAAGUGUUCCUCGUCACCACCCUGACGUCUGCCGCCUCCUCUGCCAUAACUUCCAUCAUCAAAGAUCCGCUGUCUGCCCGUGACCUUCUGUCGAAGAACCUCCCCACAGCAUCAAACUUCUACAUCAGUUAUUUCAUACUUCAGGGCUUGGCGAUGAGCGCUACAAGAAUUGUGCAUCUACUCAGUAUAUUCCGACACCAACUUAUGCCUUUUGCUGGCGGAAAUCCUCGUCUCAUCGCAGCGAAAUAUCACCGACUGAGGAAGAUCCAUUGGGGAGCAGUUUACCCGGUUUUCACAAACAUGGCUGUGAUCGUCUACAUAACCUACAAAUACAACCUCCUCUACGUCUACUCCUCGGAGCGCGAUACACGGGGUCUGCACUACCCAAAAGCAUUAACGCAAACGCUCACCGGGCUGUAUCUCUCCGAGAUCUGCCUGGUCGGCCUCUUCGGUCUAAAAGGAGCCUACGGACCAGUCGUCAUGACAUUUGGCCUCAUAAUCUUCACUACGCUCAUCCACAUCUCCUUGAAUGAUGCUUUAUCCCCACUACUCUACAACCUCCCUCGAACACUAGCCGCCGAAGAAGAGCUCCGAAAGCUCGGAAACCACCCUUUCUUAGCAUCAAAUCUGACCGACAUCCACGACACCGACCCCACAAACGCCAACACAGAAGAAGGAGGUGAACAAGGCUAUGAUUCAGACUUCGACCCCUCGGACCCCACGGAUCUGGCCGUUGACCACGGAGAGCAGCAAUCACGCUCGGGCGGGCUCGAUAUCCCGGUCGAAGGCGCAGAUAAGGCGAUUACCCUCGGCACGAGAACGGUGUCGUCCCUCGUGAAGAAGGAAUUCAACAAAACGCCGAUCCCGGGUAUCCUAGAGAAAGUAGAUUUCUGGAGCGCGUGGAUCACGCCGGAUCCGAAUCAGGAUCCGAAUUUUAUCAUGCGGUGGUUGCAUCCGGAGGUUUUUGAGAGCUACCAUGUGCUGAGAGACGAGAUGCCGCGGGAGCUGAGGGAGAUGGAUCCUAGCGCCACUUACGCUGAUAAUGAAAGCGUGCUGAAAGACGCCUACUCGCCGCCGUCUAUUAGGGAGAGGAGUCCUAGGCUUUGGAUCCCGAGAGAUUUGGCGGGUGUGUCAAGGCAGGAGGUUGCGCAUAGUGGGAAGGUGAUUGAGAUUUCGGAUGAGGGGGCGAGUUUGGAUGAGAGGGGUAGGCUUGGGAUUGAUUUGGAAGGGGAGACGGAGAGGUGGGUUUGUAGGGAGGGAGAGGGGGGCAGGGUUAAGUUUUGA